CUGGUCACUUUUGCAUCAAAGAUUUGGUUCUUAAUUUGAACAUCAAACUACUAUACCCUAUGCCAAAUAUGAGUGAGUCGAGUGCUGAGAGCGAUAAUGGAGAAAGUUCGUUGGUACUAGCCGAGUCCAUAGCUCCAACAGAAGACGAUGUGCUAAAUAUAUACCAGAAUGUGUCCAAAUUGGUCAAUAUUGAAAGGCAUUUGAAUAUGUUGUAUCGACCGUUUACUUGCUUUGCCAGCACAAAGACCCAGUACAACUUGAUGGAAUUGGAGAUUCUUCUGGUCAACGCCAAGUAUGAUCCGGACAGGCACCUGGCUUUGUUAGUGAACCGCUUUCACCCAGUGAGCAGUCUGAAGAUUUACGCCAACGGGAACAUCUACUGCCACGGCUUCAGCAGGGAGAGUGCACGCAGGGGUCUUGUCGAGAUGGUGCACGUCCUGCAGGACUCGGGCUACAGUCCGUCGCUGCGCCACAUGAAGUUCAACGUAGUCAACGCCACCUUUUGCGUGCCCUUCCACGUGGACCUGCGUCGUCUCUACCAGUGCCACUCUGCCUACAGCCAGUAUAACCCUACGAAGCAGCCGUUUGUGACUUACCGACUGCCGAACACCCUGAUCAAGUUUGCAAUUUUCCCUUCUGGCUACGUUUAUGUGAUGUACGCCUCCAUGCCCAGACACACCAAGCUGGCCAUCGGACACAUUCUGCCCAUCCUGUAUCUCUACAAAGCCUCGCCAUCCCAUCAAGGCGACAUCGAGCUCUGCCGCGGUGACGUCAACUUCCAGGUGCUCUGGGAGAAGGAGUUCCAGAGGGAGGACGACUUCUCCAUCGAGUGGUAAACAACGCAUAAUGACCCCCACCUGGUUCCCACGAUGUUUAGUUUGUAAAUAAACUUUAAUU